GCCAGCAUGACUGAGAAGACCUGGGAGCUGUGCCUGCUGCUUCUGCUGGGGCUAGGGCUGGGGCUGGGGUCCCAGCAGGCUCUACCCCCACCCUGUGAGAGCCAGAUUUACUGCCAUGGGGACCUCCUGCACCAAGUUCAGAUGGCCAAACUCUACCAGGAUGACAAGCAGUUUGUGGACAUGCCACUGUCCUCAGCUCCAGAUCAAGUCCUGCAGCACUUCAACAAACUGGUCAACACCCACAACCACAGCAUCCCCGCUGAUCAGCUGCAGGUGUUCCUCCAAGAACACUUCCAUGCAGUGGGGCAGGAGCUGCAGCCCUGGAUCCCUGAAGACUGGAAAGACAGCCCCCGGUUCCUACAGAAGAUCUCAGACUCCAAGCUGCGAGCAUGGGCAGGGCAGCUGCACCAACUCUGGAAGAAGCUGGGAAAGAAGGUAAAAGUGUCUUGGGCCUGAGAGAGGGAUGUGCCAUUUUGGUGCCCACCCUGCCCCUACAGCAAAGACUGGGACUCAUUUCCUGAGAACACAGCCUCCCACUCCUUGGGUCCUUGAAAAAUUCCUCUCUAGAAAGAAUUUCUAAGAGGGAGCAGGGGAACAUCUACUUGUAAC